AUGAAGGUCUUCGACAACACAGUCACCUACGAUUACUCGUGGGACGAGGUUUCCACGGCCAACUGGCGCAAGUAUGGCCCGUGGAACAACAAGUCCGAGCACGUCAUUGCCGUCGACACCCUCUCCCGCUCUGUCGACCCUGAUACCGGCAUCCUUCGCACCGAGCGUCUUAUUACCUGCAGACAGUCUGCCCCCCAAUGGCUGCAGUCCAUCAUGGGCUCCAUGGAGGAGAGCUUCGUCUACGAGGCUAGCUACGUUGACCCUGCCAACCGCACCGUCACCAUGGUCAGCCAGAACUUGACCUGGAGCAACCUCGUCAACGUUCAGGAGGAGGUCAUCUACAAGCCCUUCGGUGACAACGGCCAGCAGACGCAGUUUGUUCAGAGCGCUCGCAUUACCGCCCUCUGCGGCGGCUGGCAGCGCAUCAAGAACAAGAUUGAGGAUACUCUGGUUACUCGCUUCAAGGAGAACGCUCUCAAGGGCAAGGAGGGCUUCGAGCGUGUUCUUGAGAUGAGCCGCAUCGUCUUUGCCGAAGAACGCGCCCGCCAGAACGCCCUCGCUUAA